AUGUGGGCUGAGGCUCAGAAUGCAGAGGCCCAGGAAGACAAGGAUGCAAGAGGAGAUAGACGGCUUUUCAGCAUGAGUGAUGACAUAAUUAUGGACUCUCCUGUUGUGGACUUCACUUGGAAUGACUUGGAUGGAAGAUCUGUGUUCGGGAAGUGGGUAAGUGAAGUUGAAAAGCAAGGUGUUGGCUGCACGGAGCCCGACCCUUCCAGGACUGAGAAACAUGAGAAACUCUGUAGAAACAGCUGGUGUGGCUUCAGAGUGGAUCGGGUCCUCCAUGGAAAGCCGCGGGGACGCUCUGCGAGGGGAGCUCCUAGACACACUUGGGGUAGCCGGCAGGGGCCGCGCCAGGACUGCGCACGUACGCACGCACGCACGCCGCAAGGCACCCUGGGACGCACGCCCUGCUCCAAGCAUCGCGGUCGCCAUGACGACCAGGCCGCCCGCAACGGCGGCGGGAAUGAGUCGUUGAUGUUGCAAGGCGAGCCAGGCACCUCGGAAGCUCGCCGGAGUCGGCUGGGCCCGCACCGGAGAGUCCCCAGCUCCAUCCACCCGAGCACAGAUUAUGAGAAGAUGGUCGGGCGAGCGAGGCACAAGCUCACGGAAGCCGGCCCUGAGUCGCCGCAGUCUGCCCGCGCCGCGCCGUCGAAGCGGCGACGCCGGGCCACCGGAGCCGGAGAGCCAGAGAUGGAGUUGGAACCACCGGCCCAGAUGGAGAAGUCUGGACCGCCUGGGCAGUCUUUUCUCAUGGGCGGCAGGAAUCUGCCUGGAGGCGCCCGGGACUUCUCGCCACGCAGGAUCCGGAGCCUGAACGCGCAGAACUGCCUGCAGCUCGAAGCGGUCGCCCGCAGCCUCCUCGUCGGCCGCUUCCAGUUUCUGCACUGUAUCCUGGAGCAGCUCCGCGAGAAGAUGCAGGGGCUGCAGGUGCACCGCUUCUCCAGCAAGACCACCCUUGGCAUAGCUGCCUUUGUAGGAAUUUUGCACUGGAUACAUUUAAUAACACUUUUUGAAAAUGACCGUCAUUUUUCUCACCUCUCAUCUUUGGAACGGGAAAUGACUUUUCGCACUGAAAUGGGACUUUAUUUUUCCUACUUCAAGACCAUUGUUGAAGCCCCUUCAUUUUUGGAAGGACUGUGGAUGAUUAUGAAUGACAGGCACACUGAAUAUCCCCUUGUAAUUAAUACAGUAAAACGCUUCCAUCUUUAUCCAGAGGUAGUCAUAGCCUACUGGUAUCGCAUGUUCAUGGGAACAAUGAAUUUAUUGGGGGUAGAAACGAAGACCUGCUGGAAUGUCACCAGAAUAGAACCUCUCAAUGAAGUUCAAAGCUGUGAAGGAUUGGGAGACCCUGCUUGCUUUUACAUCGGUGUGAUUUUUAUUUUAAAUGGACUAAUGAUGGGAUUGUUCUUCAUAUAUGGUACAUAUCUGAGUGGGACUCAAUUAGGAGGUCUAAUUACCGUGCUAUGCUACUUUUUCAACCAUGGAGAGGCCACCCGUGUGAUGUGGACACCACCUCUCCGUGAAAGUUUUUCAUAUCCUUUCCUUGUACUUCAGAUGUAUGUUUUAACUGUAAUUCUCAGGACUUGGAACAAUCAUAGCAGACAUUACAUUGCACUCUGCCUUUCCAAUGUUGCUUUUAUGCUUCCCUGGCAAUUUGCUCAGUUUAUCCUUUUUACACAGAUAGCCUCAUUAUUUCCUAUGUAUGUUGUGGGAUAUAUUGAGCCAAGCAAGUUUCAGAAGAUUAUUUAUAUGAACAUGGUUUCAGUUAUCCUUUGCUUCAUUCUGAUGUUUGGAAAUCCAAUGUACUUAUCCUCAUAUUACUCUUCAUCUUUGUUGAUGACAUGGGCAAUAAUUCUAAAGAAAAAUAAAAUUCAAAGAUUGGGAGUAUCUGAACUCAACUUUUGGCUAAUUCAAGGUUGUGCUUGGUGGUGUGGAACAAUCAUUUUGAAAUUUUUGUCAUCUAAAAUCUUAGGAGUUUCAGACCAUAUUCGCCUGAGUGACCUUAUAGCAGCCAGAAUCUUACGGUAUACAGAUUUUGAUACCUUAAUAUACACCUGUGCUCCUGAAUUUGACUUCAUGGAACAAGCGACUCCUCUGAGAUACACAAAGACAUUAUUGCUUCCAGUUGUUUUGGUGAUUACUUAUUAUAUCUUUAAAAAGACUAUUCGUGAUAUUUCAUGUGCCUUAUCUAUAAACACUUAUCUAAG